GAGAGAGAGAGUAAGAGAGCGAUAGCGUUAAGGAGCAGGAGAGAAUGAUAGAGACAGAAAGUCAGAGUGAGAGAGCGCUAAAGGCACAAAGAGAGACAGUCACAAAGGGAGAGACAGACAGACAGAGACCUGAGGCUAAGGAGACAGAGAGGAGAGAGCAUCUGCACAAGUCAAAUAGUCAAAACAGAGCAAAGAAAGUAGGAGAACAGAAUGAGGACUGUGCUGACACGUCGACCCUGACUAAGAGGACAGGGGCGGGGGCGGUAAUGAUGUGGUCCAUGCUUCACCUGCUGUUCCUGCUGUCUGUCCCACCAGGCUUCACUCACAACCUCCAAGGACUGUUUUGUGUGAAUGACUACAUCAACAACAUCGCCUGUGUGUGGAACAGCUCGGGAAUAGAUCCAGACGUGGCCUGCCAGCUCCUCGGUACAAGAGAAGACUAUGAAAACAAUUUUUUCCAGAGUGGUUGUGAUCUCAAACCCUUGGAAGGUCAUUCUUUUGGAGGCUGCAGUUUUGUCUUUAAGGGCCAUUAUUUCAGUUCAAACGAGAACCUCCCCAGCAUUAAGGUGGAGUGUAACGGGUCUGAGGCGGCAAACCUCAUAAAAUACACACCUAUUGAACACAUUAAGAUGCAUCCUCCUGGUAUCCCACUCAUCAUCAAUGGGACAAAUGCUACCUGGAGAGCUGGUAGUCCGCUGUCUAAGAAGAUCUUUGCAUAUGAGUUCCAGGUGAAGGUGAAGAGGGAAGACCAGCUAUGGGGGGAGGCCAAGAAUUUUACCAGACCAAAGCAGGAACCGUGGAUGGAGCUGGGUGUGGAGGAGAGUGGGAUUCAUCACAUCAGGGUGAGAGUCAAGCCGACCCAGCCCGCCUCUAGCCACUGGAGUGAGUGGAGCCCCACUGCAUCCUGGACAUCAGUGGGCGAGGUCUCACCAACCUUUGUGCAGUCCCCGGACCUGGCUUUGUGGCUGGUGUUGAGUGGUGCGCUUUUCACUCUCAUCAUUGUCAUGUUGCUAGUCUUCUACAAAACACAUAUUAAUAAUAGGAAACACCAGUAUGUGCCUGACCCCGCCAAAUACUUCCAGCCACUUAACUCUGUCCACGGUGGAAACUUUCAGAAAUGGCUGAGCCCCUUGUUUGCUCCAGAGUGCUUCAUCACCGCCCAGCCCGGCGAGGACAUCUCCCCUGUGAAGGAGUCUGGAACAGAAGUCUGGGACGUCACCCACUCCACCAGCUCCACCACCGCAGCCUUCCUCCUACACUCUGACCCCAACACCCCCUCUGAUGGCUGGAACAGCAGCGGCCAGUCCUCCUGCUUCUCCAACAUCGGCUACUUCUACCCCAGCGGCCUCCGCAUUGAUUCUUCUCCCGUCUACUUCACCUACCAGGGGGACCACAGCUCUCUCUACGCCACCACCACCAGCUCCUAUAAGCUCUUGGAGCUUCCCAGUUGGCUGCAGAGGGAGCCCCAGAGCCCAGACUCUGGUUUCGGCAUGGAGAGCGUAGAGGGGAAGGACCAGGUGGAGGAGGAAGGAAAGGGUAAAAAGGAAAGGGAUGUGGCUCCAGUUGACCAUCAAUCACCCCCUCCUCUUGUCCUACCAGUCCCCCUGCCUGCUGGGAUCCCUCCAGGCCCUCACCAUCCCCUGAGUCUCCCUCAACUCCCCCUUCAUAAUCCUGAGACUAACACUGCCAUGGCGCCUAGCAGCAGUUACAAUGCCUGGCCAGUAGAGGCUGCUCUAGGCAGAUCCUCCUCAAUGACAGUGGAACCCAGUUGUAGCGGCUAUUUGACCAUUAAUGAGCUGCAGAAUACCUACAGCAACAAGUCUAUUUGAACAAUCCAUUUUUCAUUCAAUUUACAUUUUAGUUGAGCUGUUGAAUUUAUUCUUCGUGCAAACUAUCAGAUAAUGCAGGUACAAAAUCAUUUUUUGCAUGGUAUUUUACAUGAUAAAAUAUCAUGUAGUUUAUUUGUAUUUUAUAUACAUUUUGUAUAUUACUUGUAUUACUAUUGAGGCAGCUGGUUUGCCAAUGCGUUGUUACUUUAUCUCAGAUAGUUAGUGCUGCUAGUUGUUUUUGUCUUUAAAUGCGUUCACUGACAGCUUGUUUGUAUGAAGACCUGAAUAAAACCUCUGGCAGAAGAGAAGUGGGUCAGCCUUAAACUUCCUGUGUUUGUGGGCUUAGGUAGUCUGCCCUACAGUACCAAGCAAAAAGGCAGUAACUGCUAAUUUGGCCGAAAAUGAGUUAGUCGUUUUUGCUACAUUAAAUACAUGCUUAAUCAUGUGGACAAGUAUCCUUCCUCUAAUGUAUUGUGUUUUUGAGAAAAUGGGGGUCAUGUUUGCAGUAACGACAUAAAGUUACUGUGAAACCAAGGUAAAUAAAAGCCAUUUUUCUCAGUUCCACACUAUGAGCAGUUACUGCUUUUUUGCAGUUAAAGAUGACAGACAGUGACACAUUGAUAGACAGUGACACAUUCAAUCCCGCCUUGCACACUCUUGUCUGCAUCUAGCUGAUCUAGGGUGUAGUCAUUAGUACAACAAUGGCAAAUAAGAGUUUCUAUUGUACAAAUUCAGGUAUUUUUAUCCCAGUUUUGUUCUGUUCGCUUCCGUUUAAGAAACAUUUGAACAGAAUCGGUAGAAGGAAUAGCAUCCUUGAUCACAUGAAAUCACAGUUCACAGUUCAUAGCAGCCACGUUGUAUUCCUUAUUGCAUCAAUGCUCUCUCCUCCUCUCACCUUUUCCCUUUGCUUUUGGACUUUUUUUGCACAACACAUUAGCUGUAUGUGACCAUGUGAAAAAACAUAUCCAAGCCAAACAAUAUCAUAACCGCUACACACAGCCUACAUAUUGUCACCGUAUUAGCUAAAGUAACGUAAUAACUAAUAGAACUAGCUAACGCAUUAGUAACCCUACAAUCAUGCAGUUUUGUUACAGUGUACAGUUAGUAAGCAGUUUAGAACUUGCCCCGGUGGCAAAACCAAAAGCUUACCUUGAAUUGGAAGUGUUCGAAUGUUGUGUUGGAUAGUCAUAGCUAGCAUCCCUCUGUUUGAGCAGGGUGUUUCAGUAGGCUAAACUAGCUAGCUGCAUCUGCUAGCUAAGUAAGUGAAACUGAAAAAACAAUGACUAUCUCUCUAUUUCUCUCUUGCUUCUCCUUCAUUUUGGAAUAAAUUAAUAUGUUCAAAACUGUU